AUGGGAGUAAUAGAUGACAUUAAGGACACAGUGUCCAAAGCGGUGUUUAGUCCUUCCACUCUGAUGUCUGGACGAGGAGGGCUGCACAUGGCUCAGAUCAUUCUGUCUCUGGUCACCUUCCUCCUGGCUGCCUUCAGAGGAGGGAGCAGCCACACUUACUGGAUCUACGCUAUGUUCACCUGGGCCUUCUGCCCCAUCAUGACCCUCAUCAUCACCAUUAUCGAGCUGUUCAAGCUUGAUAUUAUUCUCAACAUGUUUUGCAUGGACUGGUCUGACUUCACCACAGGGAUGGCCAUGUCCUCUACGCUCAUGACCGUCUCCGUCGCCAUCACCUACGCCAACUUUUACGCCUGCCUGAAGUGCCUGUACGGCUGGAUAGUGAGUAUUUUUGCUUUCUUGUGCGGCUUCGUCUACACGCUUGAAGUGGUGAAAGACAAAAUCCUGGACAAGAAGAAGGGGAGCUACCUGGCUGCUCUGCCUGGAUUCUGGAAGGUUCUGGAGGCCUUUGUGAGCUGCAUGAUUUUUAUAUCACUGACUGGUUACAGAGACAAGCCAGCUCUGAUCCUGUGUGUUAUAGCCUACAUCAUUCCCUUCCCCAUCCUCCCUCUGAUCAUAGCCACCAACAUCCUCAAGAAACUGAAGAAAUGUUUGCCCUUUAAUCUCGACAGGUUCGUCUUCAUCUUCCUGGUGAUCUCCGUUGUGCUGUACAUAUUUGCUGCUAUCAUGUGGCCCAUUUUCAUGUUCAGACACAAUCCUCGUCCCAGUGACUGUCCUCCCAGCUUUUGCAUAUGGGCCAUUCAGUUCAUGGUUGCAUUUUUUACAUAUGUGAAUCUCAUUCUUUUCACACUGGAUCUCAUUUUCACCCUGCUUGGUAUCUGUGAUUUCAAACGCACAUAA